CACGAGUUUGUGCCCUUCAGCUGGACAAAACCUUCAUUCUUGGGAACGCUUUGCUUGCUGUCUUCAACAACAAAACAUAUCUAUCUCAUUCAUCAUGGACAAUGAUAUUGCCAAGAGCCACAUGGCUGAGAGUAGCUCAGUCGAAGCAAAUGACAACUUUGAGAUGCGGAACAUUUCCCAGCUCGGAGGGACAAACAACGACGAGCAUGAUAUGCGAAUGUUGGGACGAACACAAGUUCUGAAUCGUAACUUUCGCUUCAUCUCAACUCUUGGUUUCGCCUGUACGCUGAUGAGUACCUGGGAGAUCGCGCUGAUGACAAGUCUUUUCGGUCUGCUGAACGGUGGCACAGCUGGCUUGAUCUGGGGUUACCUGAUUGUCUGGAUUGGAUACAUGCUGGUGUUUGCUUCAAUUGCCGAGAUGGCCUCAAUGGCACCGACCUCUGGAGGUCAAUAUCACUGGGUUUCUGAAUUCGCGCCGCCUGGCUCCCAGAAAUUUCUCAGUUACAUCGUUGGCUGGACUUCUGUUUUGGGAUGGCAAACAGGCCUUGCAUCACUCGCCUUCCUUGUGGGAACCAUGAUCCAAGGUUUGCUUAUCCUCAACAAUCCAAACUACAUCCCGGAACGUUGGCAGGGAACCCUCCUCGUGAUUGCUAUCACAGCUUUCUGCAUCAUUUUCAACACCUUCCUCGCUAAGAAACUCCCAAUGGUUGAAGGAAUGGUCCUCAUAAUCCACAUCGUUGGAUUUUUCGCCGUGCUGAUCCCACUCUGGAUUCUGGCUCCUCGAAACCCCGCGAAAGAAGUCUUCACAGAAUUUCUGAAUCUGGGAGGUUGGAGCAGCACCGGCGUUGCAUUUAUGGUUGGCCUACUUUCACCAAUCUACACUCUCAUUGGAGCCGAUUCCGCAGUCCACAUGUCCGAGGAAAUCAAGGAUGCCUCCCUUGUCCUUCCUCGAGCCAUUAUGUGGGCAGCUGGAAUCAAUGGGACUAUGGGAUUUGUGAUGAUCAUUACAUUCUGCUUCUGUUUGGGGAGCGUGUUCGACAUUAUCCAAACGCCAACAGGCUAUCCGUUCAUUCAAGUCUUUUUCAAUGUUACACAAAGCAACGCCGGUACCUCGAUCAUGACGGCCAUAUUGAUUGUCAACAUCACGUCGGCGUGUAUCAGUACCGUGGCUACUGUAUCUCGCCAGACAUGGUCUUUUGCUCGAGACAGGGGACUUCCCUUCUCCUCUUUCAUUGGAUAUGUCAAGCCCGGGUGGAACAUUCCCCUGAAUUCGGUCCUCAUCACGUUCUCAAUCACAACCCUUUUGUCUCUGAUCAACAUCGGAUCCACGGUAGCAUUCAACGCCAUUGGCUCUCUCGCAGUCUCUGCGAUCCUCGGAACCUACAUCAUUUCCUUCACCGUGCUCAUUCUCCGCCGCCUUCGCAAAGAGCCAUUGCCAUCACGACGAUGGACUCUCGGCCGUUACGGAAUCUUCAUCAAUAUCGGAGCCGUGCUCUUCCUACUUGUUGUCUGGGUGUUUGUGUUCUUCCCGCUCGGGACCCCAGUUACUCUGCAGACCAUGAACUGGAAUGUACUCAUGUUUGGCUCGACGAUGUUGUUUGCUGUUGUCUACUACAUGCUUAUUGGAAAGAAUACAUAUACGGCGCCUGUGGAAUUGGUCAAGCGGAAUAUGUAAAGUUCUCAGUUGAAGACUCGACAUGGAGAAUUCCGUAGAAGAUGUCAUUGGAUCUACUUUUUUUGUUAAUAGCUUGGUAGCCAGAAUUCUAAAAGCAAUUCAAGUAAUAAUUUG